AUGGCCGGAAUCUCAAAGAAGGCUUCGAUUUUUCCAGUUGGUUUUAGGUUUGAUCCAAACGAUUUGGGGUUGGUGAGGCGUUAUCUUCGCAACAAGGUCGAUCAUAAGGUGGACGGGUUCUUAACAACGUUGGAUGUGUACGCCGACGUGCCGUGGCGUCUUGAGCCCGUAGACAACCCUCUGUUCAAGAAAAAGGAAUGGUACUACUUUGUUGAGAGGAUCAGAAGAGGUGGCAAGACACCGAAGCGGACCGUACCGGCAAGAGGAGACAGCGAAGGCGGCACUUGGAAAAGCACAGGUGCCAAAACGGCUAUCGUGGACGGGAACAAGAAGGUGUGGGGUUACAAGCAGAGUCUCGUGUUCAACAAGAAAGUCAAGGGAAAGCCAGUCAAAACUGAUUGGCUCAUGACCGAAUAUUCCCUAAACAAGGACGUUCACGACAAUACGGUCUUGUGUUGGAUCCGAGACAAGACCGAGAAGAAAGGCAAACCAGGGUACGUUGACCAGGUGCCUCAGGUGGCAAACAACAUCGUACCGUACCAAGUGCAAGAACAUGAAGUUGCUUUAACCGUUUCUGCUAGUGGGCCUGAGAUGAUGACGUUAGAGGGAGAGCAUAGUCAGGUCACUCAACAGCAACACCAGCAAGAUACACCGAAUGUUCCUCAUCAUCUUCCAACCCAAGUUUCAGAUUUUGAGACGUUUAUGCAUGGCAACAACAACAACAACAACGUCAUGAUGACGUAUGUGGUAGAGCAAUAUCAACAGCCACAGCAGUGUGCACCGAUUGUUCCUCGUGUUCUUCAAAGCCAAAUUUCAGAUUUUGAGACGAUGAUGCAUGGCAACAACAACAACCACAACAACGUCAUGACGAUGACGAAUGGGGGAGAACAAUAUCAAUACCAACCGCACCAGCAAUAUACACCGAUUGUUACUCCUUGUCUUCAAGGCCAAGAUUUAGGAUAUGAGAUGGUGAUGCAUGGCAACAACGACAACAACAACAACGACAACAACAACAACGCCAUGAUGAUGACGGAUGGGGGAGAACAAUAUCGAUAUCAACAUCCACAGCAAUAUACACCGAGUGAUCCUCUUCUUCAAAGCCAAGAUUUAGAAUUGGAGUCGAUGAUGCAUAGCAACAACAUCCUCAUGAGGACGAUGUAUGAAGAAGAACUACAUCAACAACAGCAGCAGCAAUAUGCACCGAUUGUUCCUCCUCCUCCUCAAAGCCAAGAUCCAGGAUUUGCGACGAUGAUCGUGAAUAGCAACAACAACUACAACAAAAACGACAUGAUGAUGGAUGAGGGAGAACAAAAUCAACAACAACAACAACCUCAUGAUGACGAUUUAGGUUCCCAUGGCUUGGACAUGGCUGGUGAAGACCGUUACUUUACUUACGACGAACUCUUCAACACGGAAGGUGGCACCACUGAAGAACACGUAAAAGUAGAAGAAGCGCAAGAAUAA